AUGUCUUACUCCUGGUGUAAUCGUAGCGGUGAUAUAUCCUAUUGUGAAGACACGUCGGAUUUUGAUCAUCGUAUGUCACCGGAAACUCGUGAUGAUGAUUUCGGGGAAUUUCAAACAAGUAAACAAACAGAGGUGAACACUACUUCCACAAAAACGAACGUAAUUUCUAGUCAGACCAAAAAAACUGUGCCGAUCGCUUCGCGGCCGAAUUACAAUGUUUCUGUAGACCCUUCGUCUGAACUGACUCCAUUGGAGUCCGUGCAACACGAGUGGCUUCGUUGCGUUGUUCAGUGUGCCGAAUUGAUGCGAGACUCGUUGGAUGCUUUGGAACCACUAACCUCGCAUGUCGACCGUGCUGAGUUCAAUGAUACUGAAGAGGGCAGUGAGUUCUUGUACGAUAUCCUUGAAGUUUAUCUGGUUGCAAACCGCAUACGUGGGUCGGCUGAACGGCUAGCCCUUCUACACGCUCCUUUACAAGCAAGAUUUAGCGAAAUCCAGACAUCCAUGUCGAAGCUGUUCCAGUAUAUUGUAAAAGAUGAAAUCAAAGCUACCGAGGACGAAACUAAACUGUCCGUCUUAGAUGGUGGUUCGAGCCAGAUUGAUCGGAAUGCGAAACUUUGUGAGGCACUCGAACGAAAAAUCGAUGCAUUGGUGCAAACGAAUCGUCAACUGGCUGGCCAAACUGCCUUCUUAUCGUCAUCCCUAAUUUGUAUUCUAGACGAGCUAGAUCGGAUAUCGGCUGAGAAAGAAUCGGAAUCUUCCGAGACACAGUUGACGAAUAAAGUGCGAAGACAAUUAAUUCGUAUGGGGUUUCUGCCCCCCGUCGCCCAAUUACCGAAUGCUGCAAACUCAUCAAUAGUGCUUAAACGUCCAGCAAGUCCGAUGCACGAGUUAGUCACUAAAAAAGCGCCACUUAUUGAAGAUAACAAACAGUCUACAGAGGCGUCGAUGCCCAGCGGUGGGGUGAAACUCUCAAAUAAACACCUGCUCAAGACAGAGAAUUCGGGUAAAUUUGCCGAAUCGGUGGAAUUCAAAGAUGAAGAACCGGACGACUAUGACGAUUCCGAUGCAGAUUCGGAAACUAUCCGGGCGGCGUUUCGUUUGUUUGCCAAACAGAUUGGUCCCGCCCUAAAACGGGAACACCGGCAGCGAUUCGGCACGGCCCCUACGCAGUCCUGGUUGGCCGAUCAACUCCUUGCUCGCUGGGAUGCACUGGAUAGACGGGAACGUCGAAUUUGGCACCAAGUUAUUCUCCACAAAUUCGGGAAAGACUGUAUUGUUCCGCAAACUUCCUACCUGAUGAACUCUUCAAACGAAAAUCACCUGGCUCGAUUGGGUAUCAAUGUGAAUCGUUUGGAAUCGGAGAUGAAUGCUGCUGUGGCUCGGGAUACGCGCUACUGGUUGGAAAAUGAUGCGAAAAUUCGUGCGGUGGAACAACGAGUUCCCACCUAUGAACACUUUAGACAACUAGUAGCCGGUUGUCAUUUGUGUCCCCUGGACAAAUCGGAGCUGAAUGAUCUGGCUAAAUCGAAGACGAGCUGGAAUCCCGCCAUCGGAACUGGUUGUCAUGUGCGUUCGAGUGUCCCAUCUAAUGACCCGGAACAAGGGGCGAAUGAAACCGUUCAAACACCGCAACACUUCUAUGCACGUUGGCAAUCUCUGAGCUUGUCGAGGAUAGAUGAACAGGAAAAGGUAUCGCAAUUGGCCAUUCUAGUUUUCCAGCAACCAAAGUCUGUACUGCGAGAAGUGUUUGAUUGCGGUCUUGGUGCCACUUUGCUACCUGAAGUAUUGUCAGUCUUCAAUCGUCUCAUCAAGGCCGAGUCGACUGACACAGACUUGAACAACCAGCUGACUGGGAACAUUUUCAAUGCGUUGGUUGCAUUUGUCGAAUCUAAACAAUUUCCGCUUGCAGUCGAUCUGUGCUCGGACGAGGAAAAACGUGUGGCUUUGUCCGUGCUUUCUCAUCUGUCACAGAACCUCAGUUGUGGAACACAGAACACCGGGGAUACUCUUCACGCACUGAACGCUCAUUUUACGUGA